AUGGGUCCCGCCGUCGGUAUCGAUUUGGGUACCACGUACUCUUGCGUGGGUAUCUUCCGUGAGGAUCGAUGUGAUAUCAUCGCCAACGACCAGGGUAACCGCACUACCCCCUCAUUCGUCGGUUUCACCGACACCGAGCGUCUCAUUGGAGAUGCCGCCAAGAACCAGGUCGCCAUGAACCCCCAGAACACCGUCUUCGACGCCAAGCGAUUGAUCGGUCGCAAGUUCGCCGAUGCUGAGGUCCAGGCCGAUAUGAAGCACUUCCCCUUCACCAUCAUCGACAAGGCUGGCAAGCCCGUCAUCGAGGUUGAGUUCAAGGGUGAGAAGAAGAACUUCACUCCCGAGGAGAUCUCUGCCAUGAUCCUCACCAAGAUGCGUGAGACUGCCGAGUCUUACCUCGGUGAGACUGUCAACAACGCCGUUGUUACCGUCCCUGCCUACUUCAACGACUCUCAGCGUCAGGCUACCAAGGAUGCUGGUCUCAUUGCCGGCCUCAACGUUCUCCGAAUCAUCAACGAGCCCACCGCUGCCGCCAUUGCCUACGGUCUCGACAAGAAGGUUGAGGGUGAGCGCAAUGUCCUCAUCUUCGAUCUCGGUGGUGGUACCUUCGAUGUUUCUCUCCUCACCAUUGAGGAGGGUAUCUUCGAGGUCAAGUCUACUGCCGGUGACACUCACUUGGGUGGUGAGGACUUCGACAACCGUCUGGUCAGCCACUUCGUUAACGAAUUCAAAAGAAAGCAUAAAAAGGAUCUUUCUACCAACGUCCGCGCCCUGCGACGUCUUCGCACUGCUUGUGAGCGAGCCAAGCGAACCCUUUCUUCUUCCGCUCAGACCUCUAUCGAGAUCGACUCUCUGUUCGAGGGUAUCGACUUCUACACCUCCAUCACCCGAGCCCGAUUCGAGGAGCUUUGCCAGGAUCUCUUCCGAUCCACUAUCCAGCCCGUCGACCGUGUCCUUACCGAUGCCAAGAUCGACAAGUCCCUAGUCCACGAGAUCGUUCUCGUUGGUGGAUCUACCCGUAUCCCCCGUGUCCAGAAGCUCAUCACCGACUACUUCAACGGAAAGGAGCCCAACAAGUCCAUCAACCCUGACGAGGCUGUUGCCUACGGUGCUGCUGUCCAGGCUGCUAUUCUGUCUGGUGACACCUCCAGCAAGUCCACCAACGAGAUCCUUCUUCUCGAUGUCGCUCCUCUCUCCCUCGGUAUUGAGACCGCUGGCGGCAUGAUGACCAAGCUCAUCCCUCGCAACACCACUAUCCCAACCAAGAAGUCAGAGGUUUUCUCUACCUUCUCCGACAACCAGCCUGGUGUCCUCAUCCAGGUUUACGAGGGUGAGCGCCAGCGCACCAAGGACAACAACCUUAUGGGUAAAUUCGAGCUUACCGGUAUCCCCCCUGCUCCUCGUGGCGUUCCCCAGAUCGAGGUCACUUUCGAUCUUGAUGCCAACGGUAUCAUGAACGUUUCCGCUGUCGAGAAGGGCACCGGAAAGUCUAACAAGAUUGUCAUUACCAACGACAAGGGCCGACUGUCCAAGGAGGAGAUCGAGCGCAUGCUCAGCGAUGCUGAGAAGUACAAGGAGGAGGAUGAGGCUGAGGGCAAGCGUGUCGCUGCCAAGAAUGGUCUUGAGUCUUACGCCUACUCCCUUCGCAACACUCUCGCCGAUCCUAAGGUUGAGGAGAAGAUUGAGGCUGGUGACAAGGAGACUCUUACUGCCGAGAUCGACAAGGUUGUUCAGUGGCUUGAUGACAACCAGCAGGCUACUCGUGAGGAGUACGAGGAGCACCAGAAGGAGCUUGAGGGCAAGGCCAACCCCAUCAUGAUGAAGUUUUACGGAGCUGGCGGUGAGGGUGGACCUGGUGGCAUGCCUGGUAUGCCUGGCGGUGCUGGUGGCUUCCCUGGUGCUGGUGGCCCUGGUGGUGCCCCUGGUGCUGGUGGUGACGAUGGUCCCACCGUCGAGGAGGUCGAUUGA